UGUCUGUACCAUUGCUCUACUUCAACAGUACGAUUUUGUUUGGUCCAUUGCUCCACUUCAACAGUUCGAUCUUGUCUGUACCAUUGCUCCACUUCAACAGUUCGAUCUUGUCUAUCUUGUCUGUACCAUUGCUCCAAUUCAACAGUACGAUUUGGUUUGGUCCAUUGCUCCACUUCAACAGUGCGAUCUUGUUUGGACCAAUGCUCUACUUCAACGGUAAGAUCUUGUUUGGACCAUUGCUCUACUUCAACAGUUCGAUCUUGUUUGGUCCAUUGCUCCAAUUCAACAGUUCGAUCUUGUUUGGUCCAUUGCUCAACUUCAACAGUACGUUCUUGA